AUGUCAUCGGUAGCAGCUAAUAGAAGUAUAGAGGGUCCAAUUGCGCAAAGGAUUACCACUAAGAUUCAUUCCACCUUCCCAGAUUUGUCACACUUCGCUAUAUUUAACGAUUCAUAUAAACAUAGUGGCCAUCAUGGCAUUCAGGAUGCAGAGAACAAGAUAGAAUCGCAUUUCAGACUCGAGAUAGUCAGUGGAUUGUUUCAAGGAAAGCCACUUCCUGCAAGACACAGAAUGGUAUACAAGACAUUACAGGACGAAUUAAACGACGGGGUACAUGCGUUGCAGCUAAUUACGCGCACCCCGGAAGAGCAUGCUAAGAAGCAAAACCAAUAA